AUGGGAGCAAGUUGUAAGGAUCAAAAAAUAGCUUUAGCAAUAUGUUUACAAAGAUCACCUUGUGUGCUAAUACAAAGAAAUACACCAAAAGAUUGUUUGGCAAAUCCUGAACUUAAAAAAGAUUUACCCGAAUUAUGUAAAGCAAAUUUUAGAGCAUUUAUGGAUUGCAAAAAUGGAGUAUUUGAUAUGAGGAAAAGAAUGAAAGGUAAUGCACCAUUAUCAACUGGUAAAUUUGAUGAAACUUUUGAAAAUUUAUCAAAUGGUCAAUUUGAUGCACAUGAAGAAAUUAGAAAAUUGAAUGUUAUGAAUAAAAAUCUAUCAAAACAACAACAAUUACAUGAAGAAAAAGAACAAGAAAGAUUAUCUUAA